AUGCCAAUCCCAGCCUUCUCCACAGACAAGCGCCACAUUGCCAUUGCUGAGGUGGUCAUCUUCUCUCUCAUCCAAAUCAUCCAAUGUACCACCCGGUUUCUGCAGGAGUGGAAAUACUGGCAUCAUAACAAGCGAAAAUCCGUUCCUCGCUGUAUUUUCUACUCCUGGUAUGGCUUGAUCGGAUUAGUGGCACAACUUCGAAUUGCCGGGUCCGGAAUGGUGCUCUCAGGCUCCAAGGACAAGAAAGUGAUUAUGACAGAAGCAAUCCUGCAAGGAAUUGGCCUUUCGCCAUUAUUGUUUGAAGUGAGCCUCGUAAUGCUAAGGAGUGGACAAACAGGUAGAACCGGCCCUGGAAACUCCAGAUAUCCCAAGACCAUCCGCUUCCUACUCCAUUUCUUCCGAUUCCCCGUGUUCUUCGGUAUAGUCUUGAUUGUGGUGGGAGAGAGUGCCGCCGUCUAUGCAUGCAAAGUGGUUGGAUCUGUUUUGCUCGUUCUCAUCUUUGCGUUCGGAUGUGGACUGUUUGGCUGGAUAGCCGUGGCUUAUCGCUCCAUCCUCCCCAGAGCUGGCCACCGCUGCGUCCUGCUGGUCCUGGCGGCGCUUCCUUUCUUUGUUGUGAGGAUCGCGUAUAUGUUGUUGGCGCAGUAUGGGCCGCAAAGGUUCGACCCUGCUAAUGGCGAUGAGAGUGUUAUGGUUGGAAUGGGGUUAUUGAUGGAGAUUCUGAUUAUGAUUAUUUUGUUGUCGGCCCGGGCAGUGGCAGAGCCGAUUCGGGGAGGACUUGACAGUGAUGUUGAAGAGGCCCGGGCAUAG